CUACAGUAGGCCUGGGGAUGUAAGGGUAGACGGGACCCCUUUCCGUGGUUUACCAAGUCAGCACCAGCAGGCAGCAACGCAACCAAACAUUUACGGCAAUCGAACACGGUGGUCGUAAUCGGAUCGUAGAAUAUACCAUAUAUCAAUCUCCACGUAGUAAGCUCCCAUCGAAGGUCUUCGGGCUAGUGUCAGCAAUGCUUCGAGGGGUGCUUGACGUAUUUUGGUAUGUGAAGCUCCUUUACUUCGACAUAAAGCGUAACAUCUACACACGCAUCAGAAGGACGAAACGUCGCCUGAAUCCACUACCGCAUCCUUCUCUGACGACACCUACUGUCCAACAAAUCAUCCGCGGGCCAGCAGUCCAACCACAUUGGGACGAAUUCCAGUCACCGCUCCGAAGGCUCUACAUCAUGUACCACCUCUUCGUCCGAGGCGAUCUCGACACACUUAGAGCAGUCGUAAAAGAUUACUUCUACCACCCGACAUGGCUAGUGAAAGAUAUCCCAGACCCGGAAGAUCCUGACGCGGAACGAUAUGCUGUCCUCUCUGCGAUCCCUUACUGGCUCUGUGAAGCGUUCAAUCGUAACAUUGAGAAGUCGUUACAUCGAGACGCGCCGCCUAUCAUGGACAACGAGAUGCUUGCAGAGAUGGAAAGAAGGUCCAAGCUAUUCGAGGAGGUGCCGGAGUGGGUGAAGCGUGUCCCGAAGCUGGAGGAGAAGCUCGUGAUUCAAAACGGCGAAGGAUCUGAGCCGGGAGAGCGGUAUCUGUGUCUGGAAUUAGGAAGAAUGGGGAUUGUUGCGGAAGCGCCGAAUGUCUUGUUCGUGUGAGAUGUGUGUGCAGUGCAGCAUGUCUUUCGUGGCACAGUGGCCCUUGCAUCCAAGAAGCUGGUGAAGCUGGGAGGUCUGCAACAUCAAAACAGUAUCCAUACUAGUUAUCGUCAUCUGA